AUGUUGUUUUCGGCGUUGCCCUUCCUCUUCCCGUCGGCGCUCGCCGCUCAGCCCUCCGCGCCGUCUCCCAUCUCCGCUCCCCUACGAGACCUCGAGUUCGGGCAACUGAAUUUCCUCCAUACCACCGAUACUCAUGGCUGGCUGGCUGGUCACUUGCAGGAGCCAUCCUUCUCGGCGGACUGGGGUGACUAUAUCUCCUUCUCGGAGCGCAUGCGGGAAAAGGUAGAGGCCCAGGGACAAGAUUUGCUGGUCAUCGAUACGGGUGACCGUGUUGAAGGCAAUGGUCUUUAUGAUUCGUCCGAGCCCAAAGGUGUUUAUCUCUCGGAGAUUCUCCGCCAUCAACAUAUCGAUGUGAUCACUUCGGGAAACCAUGAACUAUACAAGCAGAACACUUCGGAGUCCGAACUCUUACGUACCGUGCCUAAUUUCCGGGGCAAAUAUCUCGCCUCGAAUAUUGACAUUUACCAUCCCGAGACGGGCGAGCUGGUCCCGUUGGCCCCACGGUACAAGAAGUUUACUACUAAACAGCAGGGCAUUCGCAUCGUAGCAUUCGGCUUCUUGUUCGAUUUUACCGGAAACUACAAUAACACCGUGGUGCAACGCGUGGGGGAUACAAUCAAAGAGGACUGGUUUCAAGAAGCCAUCCGGGACACGGAAGUCGAUCUCUUCCUAGUGGCCGGACAUGUUCCCGCCCAUUCAUCAGAGUAUCGGGCGAUCUACAAGGAAAUUCGCGGGAUCCAGUGGGACACGCCGAUCCAGUUCUUCGGCGGACAUCAACAUAUCCGUGACUAUGCAAAGUAUGAUUCCAAAGCCGUUGCGCUGGCUAGUGGGCGAUUCAUGGAGACCAUUGGAUUCAUGUCGAUCGAUGGACUUUCUACCACCAAUGGGCCAAGCAAGACAUCGCACCCCACUUUUAACCGGCGCUAUCUUGACAACAACCUCUUUUCAUUCUACCAUCACACGGGACUGGACGCCGAAUCUUUCCCAACUAAAAAGGGCCGCAAGGUCUCUCAGCUGAUCGCCGAGUCGCGGACUGCACUGCAGCUCGACCAAGUCCAUGGCUGCGCGCCCAAGGAUCUCUGGAUGUCAAGAGUCCCGUAUCCAAACCCCAACAGCAUCUAUACCUGGCUGGAGACCAAGGUGCUGGCCGAGACGUUGAAAGACGAAUCUCGGGGCGAGAGACCAUCCGUGGCUAUACUAAACUCCGGUGCUAUCCGCUUCGACAUCUUCAAGGGUGAAUUCACCCAGGACACUACCUGGACCAUCUCCCCAUUCACCAAUGGGUUCCGCUAUGUAAAGGACGUUCCGUACGAGAAGGUCCAACUGAUCAUGGAGAUUCUUAACCAACAGACCAAAAUCUUGUCCACCGUGCAAGACGAGACGGAGCCCUCCUUGCUCCCUCUAGUAUCUCCCGAGCAGCUUGCACGCCCCGAGGAGAUUGUCGUCGAUGACGACGAAAUGUCGGACCAACGGAUCACCUUUGACAUGAGCGGCUCAAGCCAGAUGCCUCUGUCUGCCCCUAACACUGCUGGCAAGAUUCUGCCAGGGUACACAACCAAGGAUGACGCCGGUGAAGAUGGAGAUGAUACGAUUCAUGCGCCAAUCUCAUUCUACAGGGUUCCCAACUGCAUUCAAGCCUUGAUCUCUGCCAAUUCCUCUGGUGUCCCGGAGAAGGUAGAUCUGAUUUACAUUGAGUUUGUGCAACCGUACCUAGCACUGGCUGCCAAGUUUGCUGGUCUUGAGCUCGAUUUCGUCAAGGGGAGUGAUGUGUAUAUGCCGAAUAUCACUUUGACGGAUCUCAUCCUAGAAUGGGUGAGGAAGCACUGGCAGUGCGAGUGA